AUGAAUAAACAAGAUAUUACAGAAUUUCUUAAUAAGCAAUUAAUUCUAAAAUAUCAAAGAAAUCUAAUAGAAGGAUUAAUAUAAUUUAUAAUUUCAUGUAAUUAAUAUAGAUUUAAUUUUAUAAGAAACCAAGUUAAUCUUUCAAUUUUUACAAAACAUAUGUCUCAUUAAGAAUACUUGUCUAAAGAAAGUUGAUCCAGGAUUUCUCAAUUAAUCAAUCAUCUUUAGAAUCAAUAUUUCUUUAAUUUUCAAAAUCCCAAUAUGA